AUGGCACCCAGAGUUAUCGUCGUUGGUGGUGGUCUGUCCGGCUUGAGUGCCGCGCACACCAUCUACCUCGCCGGAGGCAAUGUUGUCGUCCUCGACAAGCAGGGCUUCUUCGGUGGCAACUCCACAAAGGCCACCUCUGGUAUCAACGGUGCCUUGACCCGGACACAGGUCGACACCGGUAUCGCCGACAGCGUCAAGCAGUUCUACGAUGACACCCUGAAGUCUGCCCGUGACAAGGCCCGCCCCGACCUGAUCAAGGUCCUUACCUACAAGUCCGCUGCCGCUGUCGAGUGGCUUCAGGAUGUUUUCAACCUUGAUCUCACCCUCGUCUCACGGUUAGGAGGUCACUCCCAGCCCCGUACUCACCGUGGCCACGAUGCUAAGUUCCCCGGUAUGGCCAUCACCUACGCUCUCAUGCAGAGACUUGAGGAGCUCGCCGAGACCGAGCCCGGCCGUGUCGAGAUCAUCAAGAAGGCCCGUGUUACCGGCCUGAACAAGGACGGCAACACCGUCACCGGCGUCACAUAUGAGUUCAACGGAGAGGAGCAGACGGUCGAUGGACCCGUCAUCCUCGCCACUGGUGGCUACGCAGCCGACUUUGGCGAGACGUCUCUGCUCAAGAAGCACCGCCCCGAUACCUAUGGCCUCGCCACCACCAACGGCACUCACGCCACGGGUGACGGCCAGAAGAUGGUCAUGGCCAUCGGAGGUAACGGUAUCGACAUGGACAAGGUCCAGGUCCACCCUACCGGUCUGGUCGACCCUAAGGACCCUGGCUCCAAGUGGAAGUUCUUGGCUGCCGAGGCCCUCCGAGGUGAGGGUGGUCUCCUGCUCAACGCCGAUGGCGACCGUUUCUGCGACGAACUUGGUCACCGUGACUACGUGUCUGGCAUGAUGUGGAAAGAGAAGGACAAGAACAAGUUCCCUAUCAGACUUGUCCUCAACUCAAAGGCCUCCAAGGUCCUCGACUUCCACACUCGCCACUACUCCGGCCGUGGCCUGAUGAAGAAGAUGACCGGCGCCGAGCUGGCCAAGGAGAUCGGCUGCAAGCCCGACCACCUCCAAAAGACUUUCACCACCUACAACGCCAUUGCUGAUGGCAAGCAGAAGGACCCUUGGGGCAAGAAGUUCUUCCACAACCUGCCUCUGGACAUCAAUGACGACUUCCACGUCGCGCUGAUGGAGCCUGUGCUUCACUUCACUAUGGGCGGCAUCGAGAUUAACGACAAGGCCCAGGUUCUCAACAGCGAGCAGAAGCCCUUUGACGGCCUAUUUGCUUGCGGUGAGCUUGCCGGUGGUGUCCACGGUGCCAACCGUCUCGGUGGUUCUUCCCUGCUUGGCUGCGUCGUCUACGGCCGCGUUGCCGGUGACACCGCUAGCAAUUACCUAUUCCAGCAGGCCCUCAGCGGCGCCGGAGGCGCUACAUCGCGUCUGGGCCAAAUUUCCCUGCACCUUGACCCCGCCCAGCCUGGCCGUGUCACGAUUGACUGGAACAACGCUGGCGGUGCCGGUGGUCAGGGUAUCCCUGCCCACCAGACCACGUCGGCCGCUGGCCCUACGCCCGAGAAGGACGGCCAGAAGGCGUCGAAGCCCAAUAACCCCAAGGAGUUCACGAUCCCCGAGAAGGAGUUCACUAUGGAGGAGGUCGCCAAGCACAACACUAAAGAGGACCUGUGGGUCGUCGUUAAGGGUGUUGUGAUGGACCUGUCCAACUGGCUCGAGGAGCACCCUGGUGGCCCCCAGGCCAUUAUGAACUUCAUGGGCCGUGAUGCGACCGAGGAGUUUGAGAUGCUGCACGACGACGAGGUCAUCCCCAAGUACGCACCACAGCAAGUGAUUGGCCGUGUCAAGGGCCAGACGCCAAGUCUGGAGCUCUAG